UGGCUACAUCGGUCGAUGUCAGAAACAUAUGUUUUGCCUACGCUUAUGCAUUGAUGUAAGCAUCUACGCACAUAGAUAUGUAAAUACAUUUGUGCCUAUUACCAAAUUAAAGCAAACAAAGCGCAUUUUAAAUGUUUGUACGGCCCAAACAUUCUUAGUUAAUGAGCCGAACGCAUCAAAAUGAAAAUCAACGAAAAGAACCUCUGUGUGUUUGCCAGAUCGCCGCCGUUUGACAUGGAAGGUUUUCUUAACAAGCGAGGCGAAAUAAAUAAGGCAUUUCAACGACGCUAUUUCGUGUUAAAAGGCAAUCUGCUCUUCUACUUCGAAACGCGCCUGGACAAGGAGCCACUGGGUCUCAUCAUAGUCGAGGGCUGCACCAUAGAACUAUCCCAGGAAUCGGAUGCGGAUAAUUACUGCUUUGAGAUAGCGUUCAAUGGCAAUCGCACCUAUAUACUGGCAGCCGACACACAGGAAAGCAUGGAGUCAUGGAUGAAGGCCCUAACCUGCGCCGGCUACGAGUACAAGCGGAUUAUUGUCGCCGAGCUGCAGCGGCAGCUGCAGGAAAUCGAAGACUCACGGAACAAAAUGCACAACGAUCGCCGUGAUCCCUCCCAGGCUGUGACGGAUGCGCCGGGCAAGCCCAAGCCGCCGCCCAGACGCCAAAAUCCAUUUAAUCGUCCAGCUCCGCCGCCGCCGCUGCCACCUUCUGAUGCGUCUGCGGCGGCGGGCCUGCGCGGCGGCGUAGUCAUGUCACCUAUGCCUUUUAUACCCGGCUACUUUGGCUCGAGCAAUGCGAAAGCGCAACAGGAGCUCCAGUUUCUAGAUAAUGGCAACGGCAAUGGAAACGGGAGUCCACAGUCAACGCCCCGGGCACAACGACGUCAGGCAGCAGCAGGUGCAUCGCCGAGCAUCUUCUACAAUGAUCUGCCCGUGGCUACGGCCAGAUCUACAGUAUUAGCCAGCUGCAAUAACAACAAUAAUAGCAAGCCGAUCGAUCGCUUGGAGCAGCAGCGACGCGUGGCCAAAGCCGUUGAGGAGUUUAAGCGGAAUCACGAACGAUUCCGACAGGUUGUCAUGCCCGACAUUGUGGCGUAUCGGGAGCGCCGAAAACAGCCGCUGAUACAAUUCUAGAAUAUGCAAUUGCGAAUCAUGC